AGGGAGGAAGAGAGACAGAGAAGGAGAGGGAGACAGAGAGGGGGAGUAAAAGGGAGGGAGAAAAAGAAAGAAUGCCUGUAGCUUUUAGUCAUGUGAGUUUUGUUUGUAUUUUUUUAGAGUCUCAUAGCGAUUAGAUGUUUGCAGUCCCAGACAGUUUGGUCAGAGAUUUUUCCACUUUUUUUCUUUUUUUUUUCUUUUUUUAAACUCUUGUUUCUCUGCAAACUCCCUCUUUAAUGGGUCUGUGCCAGCAUAUUUACUGUCAUUCUUUCUGCCCUUCUGCUCUUUUCCUUUUUUCCCUCCUCUUUGCUCUGUUUUAAGAGGCAAAUCGGUCCAGCUGUGUAAUGUGUGUGUGAAAUGGCUGCUCGUGUUGUAGUGUUGUAAUCCAGGAGAGAGAGACAGAGAGAGAGAGAGUUUUGGAAAUGUGUUAGUCAGUCAGAAGGAGCAGCGAUCGUGCUUGACGUGUGGCUGAGGGGGGUGAAAAAACCAGCGAAUCGAGCGAGCCAGCGAGAGAGAGGAAGUGUUUAUUUAACCUGUGUCAUGGUGGGACAGAGAAAGAGGUGUGAAUCAGUCAGUGUGCCACUGCUGUAGCUCAAUGCCUGGGAGUCAUUCUCUGUCCGCUGCCCUUCCAGGACAAGCCCCGUGCAGGAGAGGGACUGGUGGUCGGUGGAAGACCCUGAACAUGCUCUAAAAACAGGAGAGAGGGAGAUUGGGGGAGAUAGAGUGUGUGGAGGAAAGGUAAACAGAGAGAGAAGAGAGAAGCAGAAAGAAGCUGGAAGAAGGAGAGGAAGUGGCAUGAGUAAGUGACAGAGGGGAAAGACAGGUCGUUUGAGGAGUACCGGAGAUCAGCGUGAGAUUGGCUCCUGCGUGAACUCAACGUACAGGCUCACACAUGCUUCGGCGUGACACGGGCGUAGAGUAAUCGGUACGCACACCUGCCAACGGUAACGAAGAACUCGCAGAAACAGCGUGAGGAGUACAGGAACACAGAGAUAGUCAAAAGAGGAGGAGGAAGAGGAGGAGGAAGAGGAAGAGAAAGAUGAGAUACCGCGCAAGGGAGGUGGGGGUGGAUGGUGGAGUGAGGUUAGUGAUGGAGAGUGCUUUGACGGCGAGGGACCGGGUGGGGGUGCAGGACUUCCUGCUUCUAGAGAACUACACCAGUGAGGCGGCCUUCAUUGAGAACCUGCGUCGACGCUUCCGCGAGAACCUCAUCUAUACAUACAUUGGUUCGGUGCUGGUGUCGGUGAACCCGUACAAGGAGCUGGAGAUCUACUCACGACAGCACAUGGAGCGUUACAGAGGAGUGAACUUCUACGAGAUCUCCCCUCACAUUUUUGCCCUUGCGGAUAACUCAUACCGGGCGCUUCGCACGGAGCGGCGGGACCAGUGCAUCCUGAUCUCGGGGGAGAGCGGCGCCGGCAAGACGGAGGCCUCCAAGAAGAUCCUGCUGUACUACACCACCAUGUGCCCCGCGCGCGAGAACAACGCCUCCAUCCGUGAGAGGCUGCUCCAGUCCAACCCUGUGCUGGAGGCUUUUGGGAAUGCCAAGACUCUUCGCAAUGACAACUCGAGCCGGUUUGGAAAGUACAUGGAUAUCCAGUUUGAUUUCAAGGGUUGUCCUAUCGGCGGGCACAUCCUGAACUACCUGCUGGAGAAGUCCCGCGUGGUGCACCAGAAUCACGGCGAGAGGAACUUCCACGUGUUCUACCAGCUCCUCGAGGGAGGAGAGGAGGAUGUGCUCAAGAGACGGGGGCUAGACAGGAACCCCCAGCACUACCACUACCUGGUGAAGGGAAGUUGUCCUAGAGUGAGUUCCAUCAAUGACCGGAAUGACUGGAGAACAGUGACUAAAGCCCUGACCAUUAUUGGCUUUAAUGAAGCAGAGGUGGAGAAACUGCUGGAUAUUGUGGCCAGCGUUCUUCACCUGGGAAAUACUCAGUUUGGCGAAGAUGAAGAUGGGGAGACACAUAUCACCACGGAGACACAGCUCAGGUACCUGUCUAAGCUGUUAGGAGUGAAUGGGUCAGCACUGAGUCAAGCCCUUACCCACAGGAAAAUCACUGCUAAAGGAGAGGAGAUGGUUAGCCCACUGAACCUAGAGCAGGCAAUGUCAUCUCGUGAUGCCUUGGCCAAAGCGGUAUAUGGACGCACCUUUACCUGGCUGGUGGCAAAAAUCAACCAAUCACUGGCUUUCAAGGAUGAUAUAUAUUACUCUGGAAAGUGCUCCUCUGUGAUUGGACUGCUUGACAUCUAUGGAUUUGAGGUCUUUCAGAUCAACAGCUUUGAGCAGUUCUGCAUAAACUACUGCAAUGAGAAACUGCAGCAGCUGCUCAUCGAGCUCACACUGAAGAGCGAACAGGAGGAGUAUGAAGCCGAGGGGAUCGCGUGGGAGCCUGUGAAUUACUUUGACAAUAAGAUCAUAUGUGACCUGGUGGAGGAGAAGCACAGAGGCAUCAUCGCUAUUCUGGACGAGGAGUGCCUCAGGCCAGGAGAUGCUAGUGACAUCACCUUUCUGGAAAAGAUGGAGGACACCCUCGGAGGCCAUGCACAUUUUGUCACUCAUAAGCUGGCCAAUGGGAAGACUCGCAAAGCAGUUGGCAGGGAGGAAUUCCGACUACUGCACUAUGCUGGAGAGGUGAACUACAAUGUUAAUGGGUUUUUGGACAAAAAUAACGAUCUCCUUUACAGAAACCUCAAGGAGGUCAUGUGCCAGUCAGAGAACCCGAUCAUGAGUCAGUGCUUUCAUCGAGAGGAGGUGAUUGAUCAGAAACGGCCUGAGACGGCUGCUACCCAGUUCAAACUCAGUCUGGCGAAGCUGAUGGAGAUCCUUAUGUCAAAGGAGCCCUCCUACAUGCGCUGCAUCAAACCCAACGAUGGCAAACAGCCAGGUCGUUUUGAUGAGGCGCUGGUGCGUCACCAGGUGAAGUACCUGGGUCUAAUGGAGAGUCUGAGGGUCAGGAGAGCAGGCUUUGCUUACCGACGCCAUUACCAGGCUUUCCUACAGAGAUACAAGUCCCUCUGUCCGGACACCUGGCCAAGCUGGCAGGGGCAUCUGGCUGACGGUGUGGCGACUCUGGUCAAACAUCUGAGCUACAAGCCAGAGGAGUACAAACUGGGAAAGUCCAAAAUCUUCAUCCGUUUCCCAAAGACACUCUUCAUCACCGAGGAUGCGCUGGAGGCCAGGAAACCCAGCCUGGCCACCAUUUUGCAGACCUCCUGGAGGGGGUACAGAGAGAGGGCCAAGUACCACCGGACCAGACAAGCAGUGAUCACUAUCCAGUCAUGGUGGAGAGGUGUGAAGGGGAGGAGGAAGGCGAAGCAUCGCAGACAAGCAGCGGACACCAUACGCAGCCUCAUCAAAGGCUUCAUCCUGAGGGACGAGCCUCGUGGUGCUGAUAACGAGUAUUUCCUGGAUCAUGUGCGUUUUUCCUUCCUCAUGACUUUGAAGAGGAACCUGCCCAAGAACGUGCUGGACAAGAGCUGGCCCCAACCCCCCACGACACUUACAGAGGCUUCAGAACACCUGCACAGACUCUGCAUCCGCAACAUGGUGCGGGCCUACUGCAGGAGAGUACAGCCGGAAUGGAAAAAUCAGAUGGAGCAGAAGGUUAUAGCCAGUCAGAUAUUUCAGAACCAGAAAGACUGUUACCCCCAGAGUGUGCCAAAGCUGUUUGUGGGCACUAGACUGGAGACAGAGCAGAUCAACCUGAAGGUGAUCCAGACCCUCGGCAAUGACAAGAUGAAGUAUGGCGUGCCCAUCACUAAGUAUGACCGGCGUGGUUUCCGGCCGCGCACACGGCAGCUCCUCCUGACCGGCUCUGCCGUGGUCGUGGUGCAGGAGGCCAAGGUGAAGCAGCGGAUCGACUACAGCACACUGCUCGGUAUCUCUGUGAGUUCUCUGUCAGACGGCUUCUUUGUUCUCCAUGUGCCCACCACAAACACCAAACAGAAGGGAGACCUGGUGGUGCAGUGUGACCAUGUGAUCGAGGCGGUCACCAAAAUCGCCAUCAUCGCUGACAAGAUCCAUAACGUCAACGUCAGCGAGGACAGUAUUAAGUUUGCUGUGGCCCGAGGAAAGGAGGGUGUGAUUGACUUCACGUGUGGUGCGGAGCUCAGGGUGGUCAAGACCAAAGGAGGACACCUCGCUGUGACUGCUCCUCGCCUCAACCCAACUCCAAGAUGAUGAUGAGGAGGAUGAAGAUGAAGAUCAACUAAUGCCAGCUUGCGAUGAUCAGUAAUAGUGGACCAACGAUUUUACAGGAAGAUAACCUGCUUUAGCCAAUCACAAGCACAAAGCCACAUUUUUAGUUUGAUUUUUAGUUUGAACCAUAAACUGCACUUGGCUUCAGUUAAGCAUCACUUCUUAAUUUAAUACAAAAUCUCAUCUAAUCUCAUUUGCUUUGCUUUAUUAUCAGUAAAACAAUAAAAAUCACUAAAAUAACAUAACCACUGAAUGUAUGAUUUCAAAAGACUCAUGAAGAGUGUGACCACCGAACAAAAUGUAACCUUUAUUUUAUUUGCUAUUGCAUCGACACACUCAACUCACUCAAAGAGCACAACCUGAUUUUUUUUUUCAAAUGUGUUUUGGUGGUGUUCGAUCACUCUUUCUGGUUAAGGUUCAAAAUCAACCAACUGAUGAUGAUGCCAUUUCUUAAAAGAGUUAUGGCACAGCCAUUUUUAGAUGAUCCAUUUAACAUUCUCUCUUGCAAUGACGCCAUAGCACAAAACAAAGCCCAUUAUGUCCACUCCAUGGAAUCAUAAGAAGUUAUGUGGUAUGCGUUUUUGGAUUUUUGAUUACAUGACAAGUUUCUCUGUUUCAAUGCUUUUAAUUUCAUUUUCAAACAAAUUGACUUACCAGGGGUGCAUUUCCCAAAACCAUAGUUGCUAGCUAACCUGUUAGCAACUUAGUUGGUUGGCAAUGGGAAAUUGCAUUGCAACAAACAAAGUGGCUAACUUUACCAACUAUGGUUUUGGGAAAUGCACUCCAGAUAAGGAUGAUAAUUUAUGUAAUCACCAGCGGAAUGCCAUUUAUUUCAAUGUUCCCAAAACUGUUUACUCACUCUGAUGUUUUGGUCUUAAUCAUUUGUUAUAUGCCUGGAAACAUUUCACAUGAAAUCCUCAUACCUUUCACUGUAAAUGUUUUAGAAAUAUGAAGUAUUACUGAAUCUUGAAUGUUCAAAUGGAAUAACACCUUUUCUCUGGUAGAUGCAUAUUCACUCCAGUGACCUCAUUGUCAUAUUACUUCCCAUUUGGAUUUAAAAGUCCAGACAAGUUAAGACAACUUCAUAGGCUUCCUUAUGAGUCUUUAUUGAGUCACUUACAGCUGUGGGUCACAUUUCAUAUGAAUCACAUUUUUUUUUGUAAUGUAAACAAGAUGACAAAGCUAAAUGAUACUGUAACACUAUUUUUAACAGAAGAACCAAAAAAACAAACAGUAAUAAAUAAAUAUUGAUUGAAAAAACA